AUGACUGCAGCUAUGAUGCCAGCUUCAGUAGAGCAAGAGCCACACAACUCGCCCGCUACGCAUCAAAAUGCCACGACUGACGUCACGCCCGCUUCUAACCCAGAGCAAGCAGCGCGUACGAUUCAGAGAACUUACCGUGGGUACCGCACUCGUCGCGAACUCGGUGGCUGUGGGAUUGCUGCCCCCUCUCGAUGGCUCCAGACCCUAGAUAUUGCCCGUCAGCAGCGCAUUGAUAAUGCGACACCACCCGAAAUCAGUUCAGACGAGGGAUUGACAAAGGAUGACGAAACUGAAUCCGACGAAGAUCUCGACGGCAAUCUCAAUACCGCACAAAAAAAUUGGCAGCGGGCAAUCAGCAUCGCAAAACAAGCAACAGGAAGCGAAGAAUCCGCAGCGGAUGGUACAGAUGAUGGGGCCUCCCAUCGUUCAGGCGCAAAGGCCUCGGCUUGCCCGCACAAAAUGAUGGGCCUGGAAUACUUCCUGGAAAUGGUCGAUUCCAAGCACCGUCAUGGCAGCAACUUGCGAGCUUACCACGCCGCAUGGAAGGAAUCGCCAUCCAACCAAAAUUUCUUCUACUGGCUGGAUCACGGGGAGGGCAAGAAUGUAGAGCUUCCACAGUGCACCCGGGAGCAACUGGAAAAGGACCAAGUUCGUUAUUUGACUCCAAGCGAGCGAUUCAAUUACUUGGUCGAGAUCGACGACGCAGGUUUGUUGAGGUGGGCGAAGAAUGGUGAGCUUGUUGAAACGGACAGUAGCCGGUUUCAGGAUAGCUUACAUGGGGUGGUUCGAAUCGAAGAACAUGAGGCCAGCAAUCAAGAGGAUUCUACUCAGCACACUAACGAGCUAGCAGUACCCGCUCCAGCCUCUGCGGACGUACCGCCCUCCGAUGUGGUCAUCAGCAACACAGACACCAAGAACCCGAAUGUAUCCGCCAAGGAAGAUUACGAACUGGACAAGGCUGUGAAGAAUUUCUCAAAAAUCCGACCCGCUGUGGUUUAUGACCAUUUUGCUGGCGGACUGUCUAUCAAGAACGGCAUGUGGAUUUUUGUGGCAGAUACCUCUUUCCGAAUUUACAUUGGAAUUAAGGCGCCAGGAGCCUUCCAGCACAGCUCAUUUUUACGAGGAGGAAGGAUAUCUGCCGCGGGUUUGAUCAAGACCCGGAAUGGACAGAUCCGUGGCUUUGCACCGUUGAGCGGUCAUUAUCGUCCUCAUCUUUCCAACUUUCGCGCGUUCCACCGUUCGCUUCACGAACGUGGUGCCGAUCUGUCGCGAGUGUCGAUGACCAAAUCCUAUGCCAUCCUAGCUGGAGUCGAAGGAUGGACACGGACCAAACGAAAGGUCAAGGGUGCGAAAAGGAAGCUGGGGGAAGCCAAGCAAAAAAUAAACCUCACCCAUGCUCGCUCGGACAAGCCCACGGACGAGCCUGCUCGGUGA